GUAGCCAUGCAAGAAGUGUGUGAUUUGGUCGUUGUUGGAGCAGGAUGGUAUGGUCUUGCUGUCGCUGCGACAUACUUGCAAGUACACCCUGCAGCCAACAUUCUCGUUCUUGAAGCACAAUCAACGGUCGGAGGGGUAUGGAGUCAAGAGCGCCAGUACCCAGAUCUGAAGUCGAACAAUAUGCUCGGUACAUACGAGUACCCGGACUUUCCCAUGGACACUGAGACCUACGGCGUUAAGGCUGGCAAACAUAUUCCUGGACAUAUCAUUCAUCGAUAUCUAAGUGACUAUGCCAAGAAAACCGGAGUCUACUCUCGCAUCAGAUUCAACACCAAAGUACNNUUGGAAGCAUCAGCAGGGACUAGCAGCGAAGGUUGGACUCUCAAGACUGAUAACUACGGUCUACUCGUUUUGCAGACGAGGAAAUUGGUCAUAGCCACUGGUCUGACUUCGACUCCAUUCGUACCAACGUUCACCGGAGAGGACAUUUUUAAGAAAUCAGGUCUUCUUAUCCACUCUCGCGACUUCCCUCAACACACAGAUCGCCUCUUCAACAAGACCUCUGCAGUCACAGUCCUCGGCGGCUCAAAAUCAGCUUGGGAUGUCGCGUAUGCCUGCGCAUUCCGCAACGUUCCUGUUAAUCUCGUCAUUCGCUCGUCAGGCCAGGGACCAACUUGGAUGGCACCUCCCUAUGUGACACCUGUGAAAGCCUGGUUGGAGAAACUAGUCCACCGUCGCUUUUUGACCUGGCUAUCUCCGUGUGUCUGGGGCGACGAAGACGGUUUCGGUUCUGUAAGAAACUUUCUGCAUGGCUCCUGGCUAGGCAGAAAACUGGUAGACGCGUUUUGGUGGGUGCUUUCAACUGAUGCAAAUGCUUUGAUGGGAUACGACAAGCAUCCUGGGACUGCGAAACUUAAACCUAGACAUUCAGCCUUCUGGACGGGAAGUGGCUUAGGUAUCCUCAACUUCGAUGGCGAUUUCCUAGGCCUGGUACGAGAGGGAAAGGUCAGAGUACACAUUGCUGAUGUUGUGGCCUUGCGAGAGAAAACUGUAUCUCUCAGUGAUGGCACGACCUUGGAAACUGAUGCGCUUGUCUGCGCGACAGGUUGGAAAGCACGACCACCGAUGACUUUUCUGCCUGAAGGAUUGGAUGCGACUCUCGGCCUGCCUACCAGUUCGGCAGCAACACCUUCUACAUCGACCGAUUUUGCUUUGGCAGACGAANAAAUUCUGUCUCGCUUUCCGCGGCUGGAAAAUCAACCUCCGACACCCAUUCCCGGCGGUGACACGACUGCCGAUGCAACUUCGCUGCCUUUCACCCUCUACCGUUUCAUGGCACCAUGUUCUACAGGUCCCGUCCCCUCCAUUGCCUUCGCAGGCAUGGUAACUACUAUAUCGACUUCUCUCUGCGCAUCUCUGCAAGCCCUUUGGAUUACGGCCUAUCUCUCUAACUCCUUGGUCCGCGUUCCUUCCUCGCCCGUGUCCAGGGUUGAAUCGGCAGUCUUGCAUUCAAGGUUUGGUAGAUGGAGAUAUCCUUGUGGGUACGGAGGCAGAUUCCCCGACUUCGUGUUUGAUGCUGUGCCGUAUUUGGAUAUGCUGUGCAAGGAUCUGGGUUUGCAGAACAGGAGGAAAGGCAAUCUGUGGAAAGAGGUGUUCGAGGCAUAUGGACCUGAGGAUUAUGCAGGCAUUGUCGAGGAGUGGAUCGAGCAAGAAAGUGUCCGGACAACAGAGCGGGAAUAG